UUUCCAAUUUCAUGACCCAUCUCAUAAUAAUAAAUCACACACUCUUGCCCUUUUUAAUUUAUUUUCUAAAUAAAUAAAUAUACCUACUUAUUCUAGUACAAGUACUAUUACUCCCACAACACCUAUCCUAUUAUAUCAUUACAUCUCUCAACAACUUGUGUUUCAUUUCAUCAUAACUUAUAACUUAUUCCUCUUCUUCUUCUUCUUGCUUGCUUGAUAAUAAUGAAUAUCAUGAACAAGAACAAGUACCCUUUUACUCCAUCACAAUGGCAAGAACUUGAACAUCAAGCUCUUAUUUACAAGUACAUGGCUUCUGGUAUCUCUAUUCCACCUGAUCUUCUUUUCACCAUCAGAAAAAGCUACUUGGAUAGUCCUCUCUCUUCAAGACUUUUGCUUAACCAGCCACAACAAAACUAUGGAUGGAACUAUCUGCAAAUGGGUUUAGGAAGAAAAAUAGAUCCUGAACCAGGUAGAUGCAGAAGAACAGAUGGAAAAAAAUGGAGAUGUUCAAAAGAAGCAUAUCCAGAUUCUAAAUACUGUGAAAGACACAUGCAUAGAGGAAAAAACCGUUCAAGAAAGCCUGUGGAAAUUUCAAAAACAACACCAACAAAUAGUAAUACUAAUAAUAAUGCUUCAAUAUUUGGAAUCUCAUCAAUUACCAAAAAUACCCCUGUAUCAAUAACUAAUUCUUCUUUGUCCUUUGAUACACAAAAUCUUCACCAAAACUACCCUCAAAAUUCCUUUAUGUAUCCCCAUAUAACAACAUCAAGGUCAUUGUCAACAUCUGGUAUUGGUUUGUCUUUUGAAGACAAUAGUGCUCCCUUGUUUCUUGACACCAUUUCUUGCUCUCAGAAUAUUACAGAUUACAGGAACAGGUAUGUAUAUGGACAGAAAGAAGAGGUAGAUGAAUAUGCAUUCUUCAAAGAACCUUCUGGUAGCACUACUAUGAAACAUGAUCCUUGGCAACUAACACCACUCACUAUGAGUUCUUCCUCAUCUUCUUCAUCUUUGAGACAGAGAAGCUUUUCAUCUUUGUCCAAUGAUUACUCUUCCUUUUUGCAACUUCAGAGUCUAAAUGGACACUCAAAACAGCAAGAGCAAGAUGAACCUCAGAAAACCGUUCAUCGCUUCUUUGACGAAUGGCCACACAAAGAGAGAGAUCAAUGGCUUGAUUUGGAUGAUAAAUCAUCCACUACUCAACUCUCAAUUUCUAUUCCAUCUUCUGCUCAUGAUUUUCCAACUUUCACUUCGAGAAAUCACCAUGAUGGUUGAGCAAAGUUUUCAAUAAUGUGUCUUCAUGUACCUGAAUCAAAGGACAAUAAUGUAUCUACAAGGUGGGGUUUAAAAAGCUAAGAAAUUUCCUUUCUUCACAAAGGAGUUGCAAUGGAAUUGUGUGUCUAUGAGAAGAUAUAUAAUGACAAUGUCUAGUGUUAUGGGUUAAUAUAGUUUCUUUAUCAUGUUCUUACUUCCAAAAAUAGUAUGAAACACUCUGACAAAACAUAAUCAUUUUGAUGGUUGGACUAAUAUUCACUAGCAUAUGUUUUCUUGUUUUCGUUUUAA